GUGAGCUUCCCCUGUCGGUGUCACCGGACUGAUGAAAAUCAUAAGCGCCUGUGAAAUAUCAGGAUGGUAUAUUUAUUUACCUCGCUUCGCUGGUCGGAGUACAGCUGCUUUUCAUCCAGUUUUUAAGUUUACAAUUGGCUUCAUUUCAUUACGUAGUGUGAUGUGAUUUUACAUUCUUGCAAAAGAUUUUAUGAGCUAAACCUCCACAAGGAAACAGCUGCCACUGGCAGAGCCGAUGCUCAUUAUUUUGUUCCGGGGAAAAAUGUUGCGGUAGCGAGCACUAAGAAGUGGGAUGCUUUCUUUUGUGCAACCAUUUCUUAAUAUAAACAAGUUUUUACAGGGUCCAAAAUGAACCAUUAUUGAGGUAAUUAUUGUAUGAGAUGAAUUGUAAAAGGCUACUCGAAUCGACAACGAUACUGUGUAUGAUACCAGUAAUACACCGAAAUUUUGUUAAGCACAUGACGGGAUAUGGCAUUGCUGGGACACCCAUGUCUCACCAUCUGCUCAGCCUACUAAUCAAUACAGCAAUCCUCCGGGAUCGCAACACCACAGAACAGCCAUGCAGCACUGCCAUCCUGUUGCUCCUAGGCCAUCGGGCCAGCCCUGAGGGGGAAACACUGCUGCUCAGGCUCAGUCGGCUGGGUGGGCUGGAGUGCUGAGGAUGCAGCAAGGGAGCUGAGGAGGAGACUCCCGAACCACAGCCUGACACACACAUCCAGCUGCUGCUGCGCACUGCCCUCCAUCAGGGGGGACCCUCUCGUCAGCCUGGACCAUGAGCAAUGAGUCUACCGUCUGGAACAUCCUACCAAAAAACUCCACAGAGAUCCCAUUUGAGGUCGAGGAGCAGCAAGAUGGCUAUGUGCUCCUCCUGGUGAUCCUCUCCAUCUUCCUGGUAGGAACACUGAUCUUCAUCCCUGUCCUCUUCAUCGCCUGCCGUCGCUGCUGUCGAGGAGGGCAAUGCUAUGACAGGUCCAACGAUGACCCUGAGAAAACCAACACCAUCUAUGUGGAGGAGUCUCAGCCCACCCAUGAAAUCACCAUCAGGGUGGAUGAGUCAGACUGCCUGUCAAUGGCCAGCUCUCACGACCAAGAGACAGAGCGAUUCCUCUCCACAGGCACCACAGGCCGUCGUGUCUCCUUCAAUGAGGCUGCACUCUUCGAUCAUGGAAAGAAGGCCCAGGAGAAGGGCCGCAGGUACACUCUGACCGAGGGUGACUUUCACCACCUGAAGAAUGCCCGCCUCACACACCUCCACAUCCCUCCCCCGGCCCUCAAGAUAGUCACCAUCCACGAGUGCGACUCAGUCGAGAACACCAUCACCAUGACAACACGCCCUGUCGCUAAGUCAGCACUUUCCAUCUUCCAGCCAAUGUUGUGCCCCCUUCCACAAACAGCAUUGACCAGCCUGAGUGUCAAUCCCAGCUGUGCCCUCCCUGGAGAUGCUCUCAACUCUGUGGUGGACACCAGCUUCAGCGAGAACACUAUCGUGCUCAGCACUAAAGAGCCUAGCUCCAGCUCUAUUGAGAUGAUGGGAGCUGGGCCCCGGGGCAGAGGCAGCAGCGUCAGUGUUGGAGAAGGGGCCUCGGUGGGUAGCAGUGCCCCUCCUGCUGGCGGCAGUGGAGGAAGCCAGGGGCCCAUGCUACAAUUCUUCACUAAACUGCGGCGCCAUGCUAGUCUGGAAGGGGCAAGUCCCUACUUUAAGAUCAAGAAAUGGAAGCUGGACAGCAGCCAGAGAGCCUCGAGUCUGGACACCAGAGGCUCUCCGAAGAGAAGACAGUUCCAGCGCCAGCGAGCCGCCAGCGAGAGCAUGGACCAGGACGACAAUGACGCACACCACAUAGACCUCAUCCAGUACAUCGCCCGCACCCAGGACGUCACCUACUGUCCCAGCCAGCCCACUACACGCCUCCUCUCACCUCCUUCUACACCACCCCCCUCCCUCGGCAGGGUAGAGGUAGAGGUGAUGGUGGAGCCCCGCUGCAGCCAUGGAGGACCAGGGGUGAUUGGCCUAUCCCCUGAUCCCCAAGACGAAGCACUAAGCCUGGCAAGAAGGGAACAUGCCGACCCCUUGGACCCCUUAGAUCCCCAGGACCCCCAGUCACUUUACAAAGACAUCUGGACCCUUCGUGCAUCACUUGAACAGUACGCCGCCUCUGAUCAGAGCAGCAACAAUGACAGGAACUCUGUCUGCAGUGAUGCUGACAGUGUGUGUUCGCUGGGUGGACGCACAGAGAUGGAAAAGGGAGGACUACCCAGCUACCCAUCGCAGGAUUUAGGGGAUGAGGCAGAGGGUGGAGAGGAUGACAAGGGCUUUUUGUUGUAUAUGGAUGAGAGGUUGGAGAUGAAGGAGGGAAAAAAGAGGAAACAGGAAAGCACAGAAUCAGAGCGAGGGGGCAGCGAAGGAGAAACAGGGACUCGUAAACUGCUACAGAUGGACAGCGGCUAUGCAUCGAUAGAGGCUCCAUCUCGAGGUCCAGAAGACCUGCGACUCUUUGGGAGCAGCAGCAUCAACGGCAGCCCUAAGGACAGGACAGCCCACGAGAAAAGACACCACUUCACCAACGCAGGGCGAAGUGGAACUAUUGGUGACAGCUUUGAGUCUCAUCUCUUUGAGGAGGAGCCAGAAGAUGAGUUGUUGUUGGGUGCCAGUGGAGGAGUUUCCAUAGAAACAGGUGCUGGUUCACUGAGUUGGUUCCCAUAUGGUCAGAUGCUCACACCUCGAGAUGCUGCGCAACCUGCACCUCAACCACCAACCCUGCACCGACGAGACUACAGUAUAGACGAGAAGACGGACGCAUUAUUCCAUGAGUUUCUCCGCCAUGACCCUCAGUUUGAUCAGCAGGAGUCGCCGCUAAGGAAACACCGGUCCCGAAUCCACCUCCGCAAGCAGUGGCAGCGGCACAAGCAGUGGAGCGACCCUGGUGUCAGACACUUCCACUCCUCCUUUGAGAGACAGCGGACCCCACUGCGGAGGGGUGACAGUGUAAACUACCCACUGGACACAAGUUACCACAGCACUCUGCCCCGCAUCGUCAGCGCUCCUGACGAGGAGACCAGCGAUGGGACCGGCAGCACUCCUGACACUCCAAAGGAACAGACUACGGCCAUUGAGGAUGAGGGCAAGAAUAGGAAGCAGGGCAUCACUGUCAGGGACACUGAGGACCACACCCCCUCUUCUCCUCCACCUCCUCAUCCCUCCAUUUCAGAGAAAGAUGAAGGGCUGAGUGACCACCCUGACCUUCAGGAGGACAGCAAACAGUCAGGACUCCCUCCCGAGCCUCCGGACGAGCGCUCGCCCCCUCAGCUGCCCGACUCCUCAGGCUACGGCCCGCAAACCAUCACAGCAGAGCUCACAGACAAACUGACUGUUAACCUGGAUGAGAGACUGUACACGGGCCUUCGCAGGACCAGAGACACAGCCACUGAGUGUGUGACGGUGACGGCCACACAUGCUUCUCCAGACCACAGCCCAGUGUAGCAGGGCUCCACUUGUCCUCCUCGUCAGCCUCACUCCUGCUGAUACACACUUUUUUUCUGUUUGAUUUGUCUUGCCUCGGUUUAAAUGUCUCUCUGUAUACAGCUUGAAUGGUGUGAUCCAGACCCCUGAAGAAACAAUGGAAUGUAUGCUUUAAAUCAGUCCAUAACUAAACUUAUUCUCAGAUAAUGUUAGAUACAGUUGAUCCACUAGAAGUGCAUCAAGUCUCUCUUUAUGCCUGUUAGCAUUACUAAACUGUUUAGUGUUGCCAUUUUGAAGUUAAGAAAUCAAAAUAAUAAAUUAACAGAGCUAACAUAUCAAAAAUGAUGGUUUUAGUUAUAGCUGUUUGUCCAUUUGUUUUUCUGUAGUCUAAUUAGUCUCUGUUUUCAUGUCUCUACUGCUGUCAUUCCUGUCUCUGCUCUCCAGUAAGAGUAAGUGAAGCUGAGGGCCAGUUUGGCCUCUGUACUUGCUGAUCCACUGUGAAACCAGGUGCUAUUAGACAUGAAGAGAACUACAGAUCUGGACCUAACAGGUACCUGUCAGCCCUGUCAUCAUAAGUUACUGGAAAAUAAGUUGUUUUAUCAUACUUAUGAGCUAAGAGAUUAGUUAGAAUAUCAUAAUUAAUCAAAGCUAUAUGAGUCAUACUUUACCUGGAUGUAGGCCUAUUCUGUGAUUAUCUAGACCUUCUAAACAUGUGCGACUGAGACUAGAUUCCAAAAUAUGGAAGAGGUUACUUACAUGGAGUUGUUCAGACUGGUUAUUUAGAUCAGUGGUUCCAAACCUGUGGGUCAGAAUCCCCCAGCAGGUAGCAGGAAAGAUCUGAACAGUCGUUAGGUUAUUAAAUACGAAUGAGACUAAACAAAUAACACAAAAAAAUGUAUUUCUCUCUUUUGACAAGAUCAUGUUUAUUUUUAUUUUGUUUAUUUUAUUAGGUUAUGUCCUUACCAAUUAGGCGCAAGUGACGUACCUUUCCCGCGAACAUUAUUUUCACUCAAAAUACAAGCUAUUGUAGCAGUUGCUAGGAGCAGUUAACUUUUUUUCACAUCAAUGGAUGAAAUACGUUGAGCUGUAUUGCUAUGUCAGUGUCAUCCAUGCUUGUUACCUAUUUUUGGCCAUUUUCUGCCACACAUUUUUCACGGAUAUAGCUAGCAAUGUGGGAAGGUGACAUCUUUGUCCCGCCUACAAAACUCUGAUUGGUCAGUUGUUUCAAACGUCAAGGGAAGCGGUCAUUAUGGGUCACAGGUAGACACUGCUCCUUUUUAAGGGGCUAUAGGCCAAAAAGGUUAGGGGCCACUGGUUUAGACGGAUGGACAAGAAUAAGGAAGGGCAGAAAAGUUUCUCCCAGAAUUAUUUGAUUUGAAAUGGAAAAUAUCUUUUGAUUCUCCUCACUGAGUGUCUCACUGGUCAUGAUGUUUGUUGGUUUUGACUGAAAUUGCUUCUCAGCUAUGUGAUAAAUGUCUUUUUUUAUUAUUUUUAUUAGUUUGUUUACUGAGUUGUAAUAUAUUUUUGUAUGUCUGCAUUGCUCGAAUGACAAUGAAAACUGACAGUGUGGCAGGUUUGAAAAGGACAGGUUUUUUUCAACAACAGACAGAACUAGCAGACCAGACAGCCACUAGCUCUCUGGUAUGAUGGCUCUUUAUUAGUCACAGAUGUGAUAAUAAUAUACGACCCCAUAAGCUACUCCUAGAGUACUCUUACUCUAAAAGUAGCUCUGGUCGUCACUGACACUAGAGCAAACUCAGUCUGAGUCUACAGCCAUGGGGUGGGCAGUUACAUUAAAGCUAUUAGACAGGAUGGCUGCCCUCACAAACCUUUGGUGUUUAUUGAAUUUAUAAGAAAGGCAUGCUUUCUCGUGCAUGGGGAUCCCAGAACAGGCUUUAUUUGUCCACAUCUGACAUUCUUGUUUUUCCCUCCUCUUCCUCUCUUCUCCUGAGAAAGUUGACAGUGUAGUAGAUGCCUCCCUCGGGGGACGAGGACUUCACUUCCUGCCAGCUUAUAAAACCAAACCGAACAAAGACGUUAUUUGUAGUUAAGUCGACUUUAGUUUUUCUCUUAUUUGGCCUCCUCUGUGCGAUUAAAACAAACUGGUACUGCCAUUCAAAUGAAACCACAUCAGCACAUUAUGUCCAGUGGGGGAAGAACAUCCUAAGCAGCAGCAAGAGGUUGAUUGUAACCCAGUUUCGCUCAUGAAGUCUUAUUCUCAGAGGGGCUGUUGGGCUUUUCAAUCUCUCCCUCGUGCAGUGCGGGGAGCUACUGCAGAAUGAUGGUGUUGAAUAUUAAUAAUAACAAGAAAAGGGAAGUCUUCUUUUCAUCCUGUCUCCCUUCCCUUGUUCUUUGAGGUAUUUACCAUGCAGUAAUUUGAAGGGGGUAAAUAGAAAAUCGAGGGAAAAAAAACAUUAUCCUCCUCACUUUGUUUACAUGCGAUGAUGAUGCUCUUUUCCAGCCUACCCAGAUUAGAUCUUUCUCUGCUGCUCUCCUCUUGUGGCUAAGUGGAGUCUGAGGCAGAAGCUGCGUUCCUCAUUAUGGGAACAAUGACUUAGAUGAAAAGAGGUGAACUCAAAUGAGGAGUAAAGAGGAUAGUGUUUUUUUUUUUUUUUGCUCUCUCUUUCAUGUAGCCCCCUCAAACACACACUGAA